AUUUGGCUAGUUGUUGCCGUCCGGUGCGUUUUGGAAGCGGGACCCAUCGUUGCCACGGCGAAAGAGUUCCGUCUCAAAAUGGCCGAGUACGUCAACAUUGUCCGAAGGGCUUUGGGACAAAUAGGAGGUCACGGCGGGGUCCGGGGCUUUCUUCUACAACUCUUGAGGGUAAACGAUGUGAAGACGGGCGCCCUGAUCGGUGUAGACAAAUAUGGCAACAAAUACUACGAGGACAAGAAGCACUACUUCUUUGGUCGACAUCGCUGGGUCAUCUACACCACGGAGAUGAAUGGGAAGAAGACUUUGUGGGAGGUGGACGGCAGCAUGGUGCCCGCAGAAUGGCACCGCUGGCUCCACUGCAUGACGGACGACCCCCCCACGACCCACCCGCCCGAACCCAAGAAGUUCUUGGCCGAGGUGCACCAGUUCAACGUGAGCGGCACCCCGCAGCAGUACGUGCCCUACCCCACCACGCGCAAGAAGAUCCACGAGUGGGUGCCCCCCAAAGCCCAGUGACCCCUUCGUCUCGCCUCCGUUCUCAUCGCUUCUCAUUAAAAACUGUUCGCCAAAUACCUGAGCGUGGUUGCUUAUUAUGGUUGUGAAUAACAAACAUGUUCUCUUGUUUUCCGAAAGACAUUACUGGCAGUAUUGGCUUUAUCAAUU